CUGACCUUGGUUUGGCGAAUUAGGUAAUUACGUUUAUAAGUGCACCACACAUUUUAUUCAGUGUAGUGUUUGGUGUAGCUAGCAAAUAUGUUUAAUAAUACUACGUCGAAAUUUCUAUUGAAUAUUGCGAGGCAAUUCUCCACGACGACUUCGAAAUGCGACAAUUUCAAGUGUAAACUCCUUAUCGUCGGAGGCGGGAGCGGAGGAUGCGCGACGGCCGCUAAAUUUUCGAAAAUCCUCCCCAAAAACGAUCUGAUCGUUCUGGAACCGAGCGAUUUCCACUACUAUCAGCCGCUGUUUACUCUGGUCGGUGGCGGCGCGAAUAAAAUUGAAGAUGCGAGGAGAAGAGAGGAGGACGUGUUGCCGAAAAAUUGCACCUGGAUCAAAGACAGAGCUCUGGAAUAUAGCCCGGGAAAAAACAUUGUUUUGACCGAAAAUGGCCACACGAUUAAUUACGAUUAUUUGCUCGUUGCUACUGGCAUAGAAUUGAGAUAUGACAAGAUUCCAGGGCUAUUAGAAGCUUUGGAAAAACCAACAGACGUGUGUUCCAUCUAUUCCCCUAAAUACGCCAGCUACACGUUCGAGGUACUGAAGAAACUACAAUCUGGAAACGCCAUUUUCACGUUUCCAAAUACUCCUAUCAAGUGUCCCGGAGCGCCUCAGAAAAUCUGUUACCUCACCGAUCACUAUUUAAGAACGCACAACAGACGAAACAACGUCAAGCUUACCUACAACACAUCUUUACCUGUAAUAUUCUCCGCGAAAACCUACGCGGACGCUCUCUGGAUAGUAUGCAAGGAACGGGAUAUUAAUGUUAAUCUUCGAACGAAUUUAGUGCGAGUAAAUUCCGAUGUGAACGAGGCGAUUUUCGAAAAUCUGGACAAACCGGAGGAAAAAACCACCGUUAAAUUCAAUAUGCUUCAUGUUACUCCACCAAUGGCCACACCGGAAUCUUUAAGCAAAAAUAAGCAAUUAACGAACAGCGCGGGUUUCGUCGAUGUUAAUAAAGAUACCAUGCAACACGUCAAUUUUAAAAAUGUGUUUGCUAUAGGCGAUUGCUGCAGCACACCCAACCCAAAAACCGCUGCAGCUGCAGCUGCUCAAACUAAAGUGGUGUUUGAAAAUAUGAACGCAGUGAUGAAAGGGGAUUCCCCGCGUCUCGUGUACGACGGUUACGCAUCGUGUCCUUUGGUUACCGGAGAUAAAUGUAUACUAGCCGAGUUCGAUUACGAUUUUCAACCGCUGGAAACGUUCCCUUUCAACCAAGCGAAGGAAAUGCGGUCCAUGUACCAUCUAAAGAGAACCCUACUACCGGCUUUAUACUGGAAACUGAUGCUAAACGGCCACUGGAACGGUCCGGCUGCGUUCAGGAAAUUAAUGCACUUAGGUUUCGGUAAAUAAAGACGAUGUGCAUACGACAUUCCUUCAUUAUAUUUCAGUCGAUUAAAAGCCGCGUUACAACGAGCUUGCGUUUAUUGAAUCGUUAGGUUAAAAAAAAUGUAAAAUCAAUGUCCCAGAAGGACGGCUUCCGGGAUCAGGUCCAAGCGCACGGCCCUUCUCACUCUACGGACGCAAUUGUUGCUGCCUUUGGACUCCUUGAUGAAGCCAGGGUUGCAGAUGCAGAAGUUAGGGGCCGCGCAGUUGCCGUUGGGGCAACCGGUGGGGCAAUGGGCCACGCAGGUUUCGCUGUUGCGAGCGCCGGGCGCCGGGG